GUCGUAUCACUUUCUUCUAGUCUAGACGAUUGAUGUCAAAUAUUUUGUCAAAAUUCUUCGCUGUAUUGGCCAAAAAAAUGUUUGCCACUGGAAAAUCUGUUAUCCUCCAAGAAUAUCAACGGAGCUGCACCCCAACAAUAGUUGCAGUAGCGAGUAAUAAAAUAUUUCAACAGUUUUCUCGAGGUAUACGCGGAUUCAGUGCAAUAAGGCCUCCGCAAGGUGGACCCCACUUCCACAUCAACAACCAUCCCCGGGGCCUCUAGUUCCCUCGCAGGAUACCAGCAGCAAAUGCCGCAUGCUGCAGCAGCCAGUGCCACGACAGUGGUGUUCGCCGAACGCGGCCGAUGUUACACGAACAGACUGAUGACAGUCGGUCCAGCUAAUCCCAGUCCUUGGUACACACCACGUGUAAUAGGCGGGCCUCAAUGCACGCACUGCCCCGGACAAUGCCAGGCGGUGCAUCGCAGUGAAAGUAGUCCGUCAGCAGCAUCGGCGUUACACGCACAACAGACGAGUAACAGUGCGCCCAGAAGACAGAGACCUGUAAGUCAACCAAUACCCGCGACCUAUGAUGGCGAUGAAAUUCUGCCAAGAUCGCCAUUACCAGAAAUAUCAGAAUUUGCUCCCAACAGCACUCAAUAUGCUUCAAGUAGUAUUUUAGACGAAGUUGGUGGCAAAGAAGAACAAGUUGUGUCAGAACCAACGCUCAAAACACGCAGCUUACCUGCAUGGGUCCGGUCCAAGCCGAGGCCUCUAUCUACCGAAGAUGAUAUAAAUGAUUUAUACGCUAAGGUGAAUUUCAGCAAAAAGCGGAAAAAUCGCAUGCGCAACGACGAAGCGGCCAUAAUAGCUUUAAGCAAAUCUCGAAGCCAGUUCCUGCAUAAAGACACGGACUCCUUAGUGGACAAUGAGGCGGUUAUUGUGUAUGAUGAGCGCACUGCCUUAUAAGUGAUUUCCUAACAAAUGAUAGUGAGAAUCUCAAUACAGCGUGAACACGCUGAUCGAAAAUAUAUCGUAAGAAUUUCUAGUCAAAUAAGUACCUAAUUUUCAGAUAAUGAAUUACGCAAGUCUAAUACUACACGAUCUUGGUGACCGAUAAGGAUGACCACAGCAACAUUUAUUAUUUAUAUGCCCAAGUCAAAAACAAGUUCACUAUAUACUGGUGUUUCGGGAAGUUGGGCAUUUCAAAACGACUUAUUACUUUAGCGAUUUUCGAACAAAACGUUUCAUUUUUUUUCUAAAAUCACAUUUAAAAAAAUCUCGUGAAUUCGCUUAGUUUACAAAACCGUAUGAAAUGACUACCUCCAGGUGAAUGCAAGGCUUCAAUUUUCCUCUCAUAGACAACUGAACGCUUUCCAAAACACCAGAUUACAGUCUCUGAUAUCGUCGGAGCGAGAAGCGAUUUUUCGAAAAUCUUUCGAGGACAAACUUCUUGUAUAGAGCUCUAAGAUUUUAAAAAACUUAGAAGAGCCAUCAAGGAUUUUUAAAUAAACCAUAUUUUUCAAUGGAACAUAUCUUUUGACGAAUGCUACAAAUAUGGAACAUUUCACAAUAUUGCAUACUUGUCAUACAUAAAAGAUCAAUAUUUUUUUGUAUUUUUGAUAAAGGGAGACCGAAAUUUGUCUAAAUUCUAUACUUACGAGUAUUAUACGAUAUUUAUGUCUGUUUAGAGGCAAAUGUAACAUAUCGAAAAAAUAUAAAGACUUUUUGAGACAAAUAAACUUCGUAAUGAUGUGCAUAUAAUUUACUAUUUCAGAUGCAUUUCAGAAAGAUUAAGUGCAUUUUUCUGUGAUAUAAAAUCUAACAUUAGAGAAAAUUCAUGCCAAGACCAGACGAAAAAAGAUCAACUGUGUAUUAUAGUCUUUUAUAAUCUUUGCUCAGGCACACACAUAGAUUAUUCCACAUUUCAAUGGCUUCACGUUUCACCAUGUUAAAUUUUUUGCAGCUAAAAAUAAAAUAUGGGAACUGACAGACCGUUUUGAGUAACUUUCAAUCUCUCGCAGACUGAUGUAGAUUUAACAUCUUUGUAGAUUGUGUUAUAGAGGGUGCUCAUUUAAAAACUUCCCACCACGGAUUUAUCGAAAUCCACUGAUUAAAAGAAAGAACGCCGACACGUCAAAAGAUUUGUCUUUUAACCAAGAACUUAUUUCACCCCCUUUCACCCUAUGCCCCCCAGGGUCAUUCCCUUAAAAAUUUUAAUUACAAAGGGUAUCGAGUAAUAGCUUGUUUGAAAGAUCUUUCAAAGUAGUUUAUUUUGACGUUUGAUUUUUUAAAAUCGGUCGAUUCAUUUUCAAAAAAAUUAGAAAAAACUUUAUUUAUCUUAAUUUGUUCGGAUAGAAAACAAAAACACACGAAAAUAUUACUUUUUAUUUCCAGUCCAGUGUCCAAAAUGUUGCCCGUUAUUAACAAUGAUAUAAGCGAUGUUCAAAUUCCUGACGGAUAUUUACAAAAACAUGUGGGAUAUCAUGGCAGCUUUCGACGAUGCGUUGACGAAGUUCAUCCAAACUUUCAGAUUGGGGAGUAAACACAAUAGAUUUCAACUGGCCCCAUAGAAAAAAGUCUAAUGACGUCAAAUCAGGAGAUCUAGCUGCCAUCUUCGCCCUAUCCCUUUAUCUGGAAAUUCGUCAUCUAGCUAUUGCCGAACCGGAAGAACAUAGUGAGGAGGACCGCCUCUACAAGUAUAGGGUAUCCAUCCUCUUCGAUUUGGUUUUCAACGGUUUCAGUGAUAAGCAGAUUGAUGGUAUUUUCCAACAUAUCCAAAUAAAUGUCUCCAUUCAAAUUUCCAUUAGCAAAAAAUGGACCAAUCACUUUGUUUCCUAAAAUGCCUGACCAUACGUUAAUUUUUUGGAGGUACUGGGUAUACGCUUCUACAAAAGCAUGAGGAUUUUCAUUGCUCCAAUACCUGCAGUUAUUUAUGCUUAUUAACAAAUCCAUUUAGAUAAAAUGUGCAUUCAUCACUAAAGCAGAUAUGCUUUACAUGAAUGGUAUUAUCAUUAAUCGCUGCAGUCAUUUGUUCACAAACUCAACUCGCCUAUCGAAAUCAUCUUCGGUUAACUCUUGCAAUAUUUUCAUUUUGAAUGAAUGACCCUGAGGGGCAGAGGGUGACGUACUUUUUGAUUAAAAAGUUGUCCCCCUUGACAAAACUUUUGACGUGUCUCGGUGUUUUUUCUUUUAAUCAGUGGUUUUCGAUAAACCCGUGGUGGGAAGUUUUCAAAUGAACUCUGUAUAUCACCGAAUUUAUAAAUACGAAUCUGUAAGUAUGAUAAAUUAAUUGAUAUUUCAAAUAGACAACAGAAAGUUCUGUGAUAUCUAUAUGAAGUACGGCAGAAACUCGAAUGGGACUAUAUCACUUUGUAGAAAAUUUCGAAUGUUUAUACUUGUACAAAGCUGGCGAAAAAUAUUUUUUAUCUGCCGUUCCUACUAGCUCAAUGACCUAAAUAUCAAAGGUCCUGACUGCAGAUGCUAUAUCAAAUCUAUAGCGGAGGACAACAGAUAGUAAAAUUUCGAUGCCAGCUCAGUAGACCAAAGAUAAUAGUGAUUAUUGUUAAUAUCUCUAAUAGAAUAGCUGUUAUAAUAUUGUGUAACCUUCAAAUCAUGUUGAUCUGAAGAUGAGAGCCUGUUUUAAAAUGACUGAGUGAAUACUGGUUAUAUUUUUAUUUGGUGUUGGUAACAUGGUAAGAGCAUAACAUACAUCUGAAGUGGUCAAAUCCAAAACAAAGCAAAACAUAACACCAACUAGCAUUAAAAUAUUUGGGACAUUAUACUCUUUUCCGAUAUUUUGAAAGAGGCUCUUAUCGAACUGAAAUAACCCUUUUAGAUAGAACUCGCUCUUAUUCAAAUGUCAGAACGUUUCAUUUAUCUACAUUUGAAAGUUUCUGUUAAAAUUGCAAUUGAAAGGAACAUAUGAUUCUCUGACUACUGGAUAUUUUGAACUAUUACCAAAAUUGGAACUAUAGGUUGUAUACUGGGCAGCUUCCGGAAGAAGUUGUGUAUGCAAAAAAGUAGGUAUUAUUGUAUUUUUCUCUAGUGAUAUUAUCGGAGAACACACUGAAUAUUAGUUUGUUCUAUUUUUCACAACUCUUAUCCUUAGCUGUUUCAAAAUGAUACUCAACUAUUUCCAGCGCCUGAAGUCAAAAUAUACAAUAAAAACCAAAUUUGUCUGAGAGACCAGAGUUCAAUGUGUACGAGAGAGAAGUGUGUAUGGACACAUAUGUUGAAAAGAGAUAGGAGCCAGCUGGAUAGUGAAUCUCAUCUCCGCGUUGCCUAGCAACCCUGUCGGAGCAAUCUGCCGCUUUGUAUGUUACAACAGUUCCGUGAAUUAAGAUGCAUGUUGAAAAUAUGCGUUAGUUCAUUCUCUACAUCCAAAUAAUGGUUUUAUUUUGAGCGUGAAUUGCGAAUUAUGUCGAAUCCGUUUAGGGUCGAUUCCGGAUCGGUCCGAAUGGCGAUUCAUUUUAAGUCGAAAUGAAAGGUCAAGAUCGCCACAAAGUCUGCAACAUUGCAUUAUUGGUUCGUUUGAUAACAUGGCAUCUUGUACAUUUCAAGGCAAGGUUUCCACCCCCAUCAUCAUAGUUGAACGAUUUUGGUCAGUACCCAUCUAGCGCUCUUAUGGGAAUGUCGUCCUGUUUUGAAAUGGUUUUCACCUGCAUACAAGCAAGCAGUGAUAACUUAUAUUGCGUAAUAGCAUUUGUUACAUUUUCGACCGCUCGCUGUCGCGAAAUGUAAAAAUAACUCAGGAUGUGUUGAUUUCAUCACGAUUGGUGGAAAACAAAGAUAAUUCCAAAAUAAAUUAAAGGUCGCAUCAAAAUUGAAAUAAAUAAUUAUAACCAAAAUGAAAACAAAUUAAAUGUUCGAACAGACCUCCUUCUUGAAUAUUUGACAGUUAACUAACCUAGUGUAGAAGCAUGUGCGAACAUAUUGGCAACGCGGCAGAUUGCAAGACCUUCUGCGUCACCGUUGCUAGGCAAUGUGGUCAUAUCUUCGUUCUCUAGUCGGCUUCUGUCUCUUUCUAGCAUAUGUUGAUACACACUUUUCGCGCUUCUUUCUCGCACAUAUUGAACUCAAGCCUUCAGACAAAUUUGGUUGUCCAUGUAUGCAGAAGUGCUGUAUUUAUUGUUUUACAGAAAAUAAUUUCAUACAGCAAACAUUCAUUCAAUCUAGCGGAUUCGCACUGGCAAUAGCAUUGGAUGAUAUGUUACCAAAAACCCCGUAGAUGUCGAGCUGCUUCAUAUUUAAAGAAGUGUCAUUUCCCCCUUCUUCUUGUGAUUUUGAGAACUUCUGCAAGGUGGAGUAAAUAAAUAAAGUAGAAUUUCGCAUUGUUUUGUGGAAAAGUAUUGCUAAUCUUAAUUGAAACAUACAAACUAGGGACCUAAAAACAUAGGCAGAAUCAGCUGGGAGUGUACUUCCUAGGUUUUGUAAAGAACGUUACAGUGGAUCAAUUGUAUUGCGACGGAGCCCACUGUCUUCAGGUUAAAUAAUGGCAACAAUGUCCAGUUUGGUCCAGCUAGGCGGCGCUUGUGUGGUUGCGAGUCAAAUUGUCAAAACCAGCUGGGAAAAAGACAUAUUUGAUAGAAAAGUAACUAAUUCUCCACGAUUUUGGUGACACUACGUUUAGGUGGUACAAGCUGUCGGAACUCUACCACAGGUGUGCUAACGGAACACUGCGUCGAGUAUUGCACUUUUUUCCGUCGGGCUGAUUAAAAGCCGUGUCUUUUUGAUGCUCAUUUAUUCACGCUAUUUGUGUCGCGUAACAACAUCACUCAUGUUCAACCUUGACAUAAAUGAGCAAAUGUAACAUUUCGUAUUGAUAAUUCUUCCUCUUAUGCAUACAAAGAUGUGGUUUCGCUUAACGGAAUUUUUGAUAAAUGAGGGCUUGGAGACCAUUUGAGUCAAAGUUACAGGACAUCUGCAAGCAGCGUCUGACGAUAGUACACACAAAAGCUAAAAAAAGACUGAUAUAUCAAAACCUAUCAGUAUGUGAUGCCUAUGGCAGAGUCCUCUUUUACGUGCAAUAUAAGAAAAUCUUGGGUUUUUUGCUGUUUCAAUCAGAGAUAGAAACACUAUAAACAAGCGAUAUGCUAUCAACUAGUCAGGGUUUGCUGUUUAUCUCAGAGUAAAUGAUAAUUAAUUAAAACUAUUGUACAUCAUACUCUUUUUUAUGGUUCAUCUAAAUAUACGAUAAAACAUAGUGUUCAAUUUGGAACAAAAUGUAGUAUGUUGUUUAGUGAUAUAAAUUACUCCAUCGAAUGUUAUUUUAAAAUCCAUGUUCAACUAUUUUACGAAGUAAUUAAAAAAGCAAUACGAACACAUCAGAGUAACACCUUGCAGAUGUUAAAAAAUACACCUUUCCAUCUACCAACUUUUGUAAUUCUGGUGUCAUAUUACUGUAAGCUGCUCAGCAAAAAUAUGAAUAAAUACACUACCGC